AUGGUUUCUCAAACGACUUCAACGGCGGCAUCGUCCGAGCCCAUCGUGGAUGUGGAAAUGGAAAGCGCGGAGGAUGCGGAAACGGCGAAGAAAGACGGCGAAUUGGCGGUGGUCAUGGAAAUACGGGAUCAUGCUCGGCAAAUUGACAAAGCGGUGCUGAGUAAGGAAUCUCGGUUCAUCUGGCGCGUACUGCGUUGUCUUCCGACGACUCGCCGAAAGUUGGGCCUGCCCGUCGUUCGUUCGCUGGCCGUGCAACUAUAUCCUGCCGGAACCGAGCGUGACGGUAUCAUGACGUAUAUCGAAGAGUACCUUGCAGGGACACAGGAACCCGAGCUUCCGCGUCCCCGAGCGGCCAUCAAGAGUCCAGUGCCAGAGGUUGACGCGUAUUUCCACUUGUUACUGCUGGUGCGCCUCUUGGACAAGAACGAACUAAUGAAAGCGACCAAGUGUUCGCAGGAUUUGAUGGCGAAGAUCGUUGGGCAAAAUCGUCGUUCCUUGGAUCUUAUUGCCGCCAAGUGCUACUUCUACCACUCACGUGUGGCCGAGCUGAAUAACGAUCUGGAGAGUAUUCGACCAUUUUUGCACUCCCGUCUGCGUACGGCUACUCUUCGUAACGAUUUUGAAGGUCAGGCGGUCCUUAUUAACUGUCUUCUGCGUAACUAUCUUCACUACUCGUUGUACGAUCAAGCGGACAAGCUGGUGAACAAGUCAGUUUUUCCGGAAACGGCUAGCAACAAUGAAUGUGCCCGAUUCUUAUACUAUCUAGGGCGCAUAAAAGCAGCAAAAUUAGAAUACAGCGUUGCGCACAAGCAACUCGUACAAGCGCUUCGGAAGGCACCACAACAGGCCGCCGUUGGAUUCCGCCAAACAGUGCAGAAGUUGGUAAUCGUAGUUGAGUUGUUGCUCGGAGAUAUCCCAGAGCGCAAGGUAUUCCGACAGGCUGCAUUGCGUCGUUCUCUGGGACCGUACUUCCAGCUCACACAAGCGGUACGAAUGGGCAAUCUGCAGCGUUUUGGUGAGGUGCUAGAAAACUUCGGCGAACAGUUUCGCCAGGAUCACACGUUUACAUUGAUUAUUCGCUUGCGUCAUAAUGUAAUAAAGACGGCGAUCCGUUCGAUUGGACUUGCGUAUUCCCGCAUCAGUCCGCAUGACAUUGCCCGUAAGCUUGGACUGGAUUCACCCGAGGAUGCAGAGUUCAUCGUUGCGAAGGCGAUCCGUGACGGAGUGAUUGAAGCUACGCUUGACCCAGAGAAAGGAUAUAUGCGAAGCAAGGAGAGCACCGAUAUUUAUUCGACGCGUGAACCUCAGCUAGCUUUUCAUCAACGCAUUUCGUUUUGCUUGGAUCUGCACAACCAGAGUGUUAAGGCAAUGCGUUAUCCACCCAAAUCUUAUGGAAAGGAGUUGGAAAGUGCAGAAGAGAGACGGGAACGAGAGCAGCAGGAUUUAGAAUUGGCAAAAGAAAUGGCUGAAGAAGACGAUGAUGGAUUUUAAAAGCCAGGAGCAUUCAAGCGGAGAUUCUGUAUUCAUUAGCACGUUGGCUGAAAAUAAAAAUUGAACUGUAACGUACGGGAGCAGAAUUAUAGAAUAUUUUUGUUCUCCGUAUAAUAUGCAUAUUUCCUUUUUUGAUUAAUAAACAGAGGAACUGCAUU